AUGCGUUUUAUAUUGAUCGGCUUUGCCAUUGUGUCUCUUGCAAUAAGCUUCAAAAUCGAUUCGUCUAAUGUUAAUUGUAAUGUAGGUGGAACAGUUCAAAAGGGUUGGGAAUCAUUACGUGAUUUAUUUCAACAAAAUUUAGAAAAUAAGAUCGAUUUAGGUGCUUCCUUAGCUGUUUAUCAUCGAGGAGAACUAGUUGUGAACCUAUGGGGCGGGUGGUUUGACAAACAAAAAACGAAGCCUUAUGAAAAAGAUACCCUACAACUCGUAUUUUCAACAUCAAAAGGCAUCGUGGCGACGGCUAUUGCUCUUUGUGUACAACGUGGUUUAUUGAACUAUACUGACAUGGUUAUAAAAUACUGGCCAGAGUAUGGACAAAAUGGCAAGGAAAAUACAACAGUGGCUGAUAUCAUGUCACAUAGAGCUGGACUACCUGCAUUGAGAAAUACUAAUAGAUCGCUUCACGAAUAUUUAGAUUGGUAUUCAGUAAUUCAUAAGCUGGAGAAACAAGAACCAUAUUGGGUACCUGGUACACAGCAUGGUUAUCAUGCAUACACUUAUGGAUGGUUAGCUGGAGAACUUGUUCGACGUGUUGAUAUAAAACAAAGAACCUUAGGACAAUUUAUCAGAAAUGAAAUUGCAAAACAGACACAAAGCGAAUUUUAUAUUGGAUUACCUGAACAAUACGAACCUCGAGUAUCACCAAUCGUCAUAAAAGCCUUCGAAAAGCCAGUUUCCAAUGUGGAAACUAAUUCAUUACUACAAGAAACAUUACUACCUUAUUCAGAAUUAGAUGGAUUUAAUGAUCCGAAAGUACACCAAGCUGAGAUCCCAGCAGCGAAUGGAAUAACAAAUGCUCGAUCUGUAGCUCGAAUUUAUGCAUCUUUGAUUGGCGAUUUAGACACGUCAAAACGAUUAUUAAAUGAGAUGACCAUAAAAAAGGCAACGAAAUCAAAUACGCCUGAUAACGAACCAGAUCAAGUUUUGAUGAAUAUACCGACCAUAUUCGGUAUGGGUUUCAUGACUUAUGGAUCAGUGUUUAAUCCAUUGGGACCAGGAACAUUUGGUCAUAAUGGUCUUGGUGGUAGUAUAGGUUUUGCUUCUCCAUCUCUCAAUCUCUCAUUUGCCUAUGUUACGAAUCUGCUCGACCUCGAAUCUUCAACAGUCAUCGAUCCACGAAUUAAGCCAAUCAUAGACAAAAUUAAUUUUAUUGUUAAUAAUCAAAAUAAAACUUGCUAA